UAAUGAUAGCGGAGGAUUUUCUCUUUCACCUCCACAUUUGAACUGUGAACACUAUCACCUCCUGCAGUCUCUCUGGCUAUUAGAUUAUUCUGUCUGAUCAGCGGUGCUUUCAGACUCACUCUCACAGUUUUUAUAAUUUCUUUGGAUUGUUGGCUAAUUUUCAGUUUUUUUGUUUGCCCCUGAACUACCCCACCAUGGCCCCUCCAAAGGUCUUUUCGCUUGAGGGCAAAGGCCUCAAAUUGGACACUGCUGAGGAUAUCGAGGCCCAUAUCAAGCCACUGAUUGAAAGCACCGAUUUCACCGAGAUUCGCCUGGGUGGUAACACCCUCGGCGUACCUGCCUCGGAACGCCUGGCCCCCGUACUUGCUUCGCAGAAGAGCCUCGAAGUCGCCGACCUCGCUGAUAUCUUCACCUCCCGCCUGCUUUCUGAGAUCCCCCAGGCUCUGACUGCCCUUCUCAAUGCGCUGCUUGAGAUCAAAACUCUCCACACCGUCAACCUUUCCGACAACGCGUUCGGCCUGAACACCCAAGCGCCCCUCGUCGACUUCCUCUCCCGCCACGUGCCCCUCCGCCAUCUGAUCCUGAAUAACAACGGCUUGGGUCCCGCUGCCGGUACGCUUAUUGCCGAUGCGCUCACAAAGCUUGCGGAGCGCAAGGAGGAGGCCCGCAAGGCCGGCGAGGAGAUUUCUCUUCUGGAAAGCGUUGUUUGCGGACGGAACCGAUUGGAGAAUGGCAGUAUGGAAGCGUGGGCACGUGCCUACAAGGUACACGCUGCAGGCAUCCGCUCCGUCAAGAUGACACAGAACGGUAUUCGCCAGGAGGGUAUCUCGCUGCUUUUGAAGGAGGGUCUUCGUCACGCGAGCGCCCUGGAGGUUUUGGACUUGCAGGACAAUACGUUCACCGUCAUGGGAUCUACUGCUCUCGCCGGUGUUGUGGCUGGCUGGCCCUCUCUGCGUGAACUCGGUGUCGGCGACUGCCUGCUAUCCGCACGCGGUGGUGUAAAGGUCGCUCAGGCUUUGGCGGAGGGCAAGAAUCAAAGCCUUCAGACUCUGCGUCUGCAGUACAACGAGAUUACGGCCGAGGGUGUGAAGCUGUUCUUGCACGCUACGAAAACCGCCCUUCCUUCUCUUCGCCGCAUCGAGCUGAACGGCAACAAAUUCCUUGAAGAGGACCCGAAUGUGACAGAGUUGCAGGAGGUUUUGGAGGCGCGCAAGGAGGAGCACGGCACCGAUGAUGAUCCGGAGGACAUGUGGGGUGUGGAUGAGCUGGACGAGCUUGAGGAAGAGAGUGAAGACGAGGAAGAGGAAGAGGAACUCGAGGAAGAGGCCGAAGAAGAGGAGGAGGAGGAGCGCAAGGCCGACAAGUUCCUCAAGGACAAUGUGAAGGCGGAAGACGAGAAGGUCGCUCAAAGACAGGACAAGGAUGUCGAUGCUCUUGCGGAGGCUCUGGGCAAGACUGCUCUGUAGACUUUGCGGAGUCUCGGUUACCUGUUUACGCAGACUCAUUUCCCUGUCUUGUACCCAACUCAGCGGCGACCAGGCUUAUCUCGCGGCGGUCAUUGAUGUAUGACCAUACUCAUCAGCAUGUCUAGGAAGACAUGCGGCAAUAUGGCACCAACAAUGAUGGGUGAACGGCCGGUCGCACCCACAGUGACCCGAAAUUGGGUCGAAUACUGCCUCACGUCGAGUUCCCCUGCUUCGAAGUACCACUACGAGUGGCCAUAUCCGGUUGCCUUCUUGCGCUGAUCUCACCAUAGCGUUCUAAUUGCGUCUUUUACUGCACAGAUGCUCGGAUAGAUUUAUGCCAUCAUCACCCUUUGAUUGUCCCAUGCAGCAUGUUACUACCCCUACUCAUGUAUAUAAUGUUGAAAAGUGAAUGAAUUGAUGACAACGGCCCUUGC